UUCCUCCCGUGGGCUUGGGGGCAGGAUACAGAGAUGCGCAGGCUGGGCUCUGCCAAGCCCAGGCCCUGGGCCUGCUUCUGGGCCAUGCUGACCUUGGUGGGGAUGGUCACUCGUGCAGCCCAGAAAGCCGAUGUCGGCGGGGAGUCAGCGGGCACCUCCAUCAACCACUCCCAGAUGCUGCUCCAGCGCCUGCAGGAACUGCUGCGGCAGGGGAAUGCCAGCGAUGUGGUGCUGCGGGUGCAGGCUGUGGGCACUGACGAGGUCCGAGUUUUCCACGUCCACCGCCUGCUGCUGGGACUGCACAGUGAGCAGUUCCGGGAGCUGCUGAGUAACCAGAGCGAGGUGGUGCUGCAGGAGCCCCGGGACUGUGCUGCCGUCUUCGACAAGUUUAUCAGGUACCUCUACUGCGGCGAGCUGACCGUGCUGCUGGCACAGGCCAUCCCCCUGCACCAGCUGGCCACCAAGUACCGCGUGGCCUCCUUGCAGCGGGGCGUGGCCGACUACAUGCGCGCGCACCUGGCGGGCGGCGCGGGCCCGGCGGUGGGCUGGUACCACUAUGCGGUGAGCACUGGAGACGAGGCCCUGCGCCAGAGCUGCCUGCAGUUCCUGGCCUGGAACCUGUCGGCCGUGGCGGGGAGCGCCGAGUGGGGCGCCGUGAGCCCUGAGCUGCUGGCGCGGCUGCUGCCGCGCUCGGACCUCGUGCUGCAGGACGAGCUGGAGCUGUUCCAGGCGCUGGAGGCGUGGCUGGGCCGCGCGCGGCCGCCGCCGGCCGUGGCCGAGCGCGCGCUGCGCGCCAUCCGCUACCCCAUGAUCCCUCCGGCGCAGCUGUUCCAGCUGCAGGCGCGCUCGGCUGCCCUGGCGCGCCACGGCCCGGCGGUGGCCGACCUGCUGCUGCAGGCCUACCAGUUCCACGCCGCCUCGCCGCUGCACUACGCCAAGUUCUUCGACGUCAACGGCAGCGCCUUCCUGCCCCGCAACUACCUCGCGCCCGCCUGGGGCGCCCCGUGGGUCAUCAACAACCCGGCCCGUGACGACCGCAGUACCAGCUUCCAGACGCAGCUGGGCCCGAGCGGCCACGACUCGGGCCGCCGGGUCACCUGGAACGUGCUUUUCUCGCCGCGCUGGCUGCCGGUCAGCCUGCGGCCCGUCUACGCGGACGCCGCGGGCACCGCGCUGCCCCUCGCACGCCCCGAGGACGGCCGGCCGCGGCUGGUGGUCACACCGGCCAGCAGCGGCGGCGACGCGGCAGGCGUGAGCUUCCAGAAAACCGUGCUGGUGGGGGCGCGCCAACACGGCCGCCUUCUGGUCCGCCACGCCUACAGCUUCCACCAGAGCAGCGAGGAGGCCGGCGACUUCCUGGCGCACGCCGACCUGCAGCGGCGCAACUCCGAGUACCUGGUGGAGAAUGCCCUGCAUCUCCACCUCAUCGUCAAGCCCGUCUAUCACACCCUCAUCCGGACCCCCAAGUAGCCAAGCGGGCCGGGGCAGGGAGCUCAGCAUCCCUGACGCCUCUGGAUCAGGAAAAUAAAGGCCCAGUAGAGAUGGCGCAGAGGGACUGGGAGUAGCAUGACCAGUGGAGGUGUCUAACCCGGCCUGCUGGGUGACCAGGCGCUGGCGGCCUUAGAGUUGGGUGGAAGCCAGGCGAUGGGUGGUAGACCAGAUGCCUGAUUUCAGGAGCUGCUUUCACAUUGACUUGAAAGUGAGGUUCUUGGUAUUGUGUGUAUAUAUGCUCAGUUGCAUUCCACUCUUUGCCAUCUCAUGGACUGUAGCCCAGCAGGCUCCUCUGCCCAUGGAAUUUUUUAGGCAAGAAUACCGGAGGGGGAUGCCA